CAUCGGCAUGCCGACCAAUCACAAUGCGCUGUCGAAAUCACGUGUUGCCGGUUCACUGACGCAAAACCUCCGCGACUCCUACUGCUCUUUCCUCCAUGUGAAUGUCGUCGCUGCUAUUAUAAAAGCUGAUUUGACAAGGUAUGUACUGGGUUGCCGAAAAGUCUUGCUGAUAAUGUUGACAGUGUCAUAAGCGUAUAGCGGCGCCUGCCCAAACCGGCAAGGUCAGAAUAGACUUCAACCCAUGAUAGACAGCCAGGUGCUCAGGUGAGGUGUGGGGCAGAUGCUUUGACAAGGUGUUGAAUACAGGAAGUCCUCUUUUCAGAAUGACCACCAGGCUGCUGUGCAGAUGGGCGCGAUUGUUUCCUCUCUGUCCUCAGGCUGUUACAGCCUCAGCCCGACUACAGACCUCCACAGUCCACCAGACAGAGCCAAUGUGCCAGAUGUCCCUGUCUUGGAUUCGUCCUUCUGCUAGGCACCUCUGUCAGGGCAGUGAACUAGCUAGGAUGGAGGAGACGACAUUACCAUAUGAACAAACACAAGUAGUCCGACUUGUUGAAAAGGCAUCCAGCCCAGAGGAAGUGCUUCAGUUGUGGGCAGAGCAUGGCGGAUCUGCCAGUGAUGCAGCCAGGUGUCUGGUCCAGCUGAACCUGCGGGUCAUGGAAAAGGGUGGCGAAGGAAUACUGCAGGAUCCGCGGUGCGAGAGCAUGCUGGAGACCGUACACUCUCAGGUGUCCUCGGUGUGGAAUGGUUCUCUGGUGGGUCUUCUGCGUGCUCUCACUAUGUUGGGUCUCUCUUCUGAUGCCCCUCUACUCUGCUCCAUCCAGAAUGAAGUGCUCUGGAGGAUCCGGCGCCUCACCUACCGGCACCUAGCGUACCUGAUGGACUGGGUAGCCUUUCAGAGAAAACGAAGGUAUGAAAAUGAAGCGCUUACCACAGCCCUGCUGAAACAAUUGGAGCUACGCUGGACAGAGCUGUGUGACAGUCGUACCGUCAGCAUUCUCAUGGGCCGUGCUUCGCUCUUCACCCCCUCUCUCAUGGACAAACUGGAGGACAAAGCUCUGGAGUUGGCAGAGAGCUUCAGCGCAGAGGAUAUCCGGAAGGUGGCCUUUGCACUGGCCUCUCAAAACAGGCGGGCUGUUCCUUUAUUACGUGCUCUCUCAUACCACCUGAACCAGAAACCCUCUUCUGAACUCAAAACACCAUUGCUGCUUGACAUUGCAUAUGUUUAUGGUAAGCUGAAUUUUCAUCAGACACAAGUGCUCCAGAGAAUAGCGGCAGAACUGUUGCCUAGGUUAUCAGAACUGAGUUCUCUCGACGUCACCCGCUGUGCCAAGUCUCUAGCCUUUCUCAAGUGGCUCCACUUGCCUAUGUUUGAAGGCUUUGCUCAGCACUAUGUGAGUAAUAGUGAAAACUACAGCACUCUGCAGGUGUGUAAUCUCCUCAUAUCUUUCGCCAAACUCAACUUCCAACUCAGCAAAGGAGAGGAGUUUUACCAAAAGGUACACAAAGCUUUGGAAGGUCCCUUUCAGAAUUUAGAGCCAUUCCUGAAAACAGACGUGGUCUGGUCGCUGUGUGUGCUGAACCAGGCCAAUCCUUAUUACAUCUCCUCUGUUACCAAGUAUGACUUUCUGAAGAAACUUACAGCAGGUGGCAUUGUGGAUCGGACUGAGAGCUAUCGGCUGAAAUUGCUGCAUAUCUCUGCCUUUGCUCAGCUGGAGCCUCUAGGAAUCACUAUUGAAUCCCCCUCCGUGCUGCUGCCAGCUCCCCAGGGCAAAGUGGAGGUCAGCACCCCUCUGCAGAGCAGCCUACACACAGCCCUCCAGAGCCUGACAAACAGCCGGACGCAGGCCCUCCGCACUGCUGUCAAAACCAUAUACGGCUGGACAAUAGAUGGAGAGCUUAUGGUAGAUUCAGAAAAUAAGCCCAUUGAUUUGGAGAACUUGAAAGCCCCUCAUUUACCUGGAGGUGGUGGACGUGAUGCCUUACCUGCAGGGGCACGGAGAAUAGCAUUUGUGGCUUGGGAGUUUCCUAACUUUUGUCUCAGGAGCAAGGAUCUGCUGGGCCGCUUUGCCAUGCAGAAACGCCACCUACAGCUGGCAGGGUUCAUAGUGGUGGAGGUGCCGUACUUUGAAUGGCUGGAGCUGAAGUCCGACUGGCAGAAAGUGGCUUACUUGAAAGACAAAUUAGGGAAGGCAGUGGCUGAGGACAUGGCUAAAUGAGCCAUCAAGCCUGUCAAUAACUUUAAAUGCUUGUGACACAGGCUGCUCAUAGACAUCAACAGCGCCAGACAAUAACAUGCUUACAGGUGAGGGAAUGACAUAGAUAUUGAGUACUACAUAUACACACAACAGAGAGAUUGCUGCACCAUCCUCAAGUCCCAUAAUCCACCUGAACAUCAGAGUGGAAAUCAAACGCGUCUGGGAACUGUGAUCAAUCUCUGCAGGAACAGAAAGCAGAGCCUCCAGAAAUCAGCAGAUGCAAGGAAGCAACAGAGUUGUGUAUCCGCUGCCUUGCCAAGAAGGAAACACUGAGCCAAAGAGUUAGGCAUAUGUUAUAAAAUGAAAGCGUGACUGAUCUGAAGGACAUAAGCAGUGUUCACCACAGGGGGAAACAACUAAAUUAUCAGAGCUUUGUAUUAAUUGUCCACGACGUCCUCACAAACAACUGGAUGUUCACACUCUCUCCUUUCACUUAUAAUAAAUACAUACAACUUCUGUUUUUAAUGCAGUUGCCUAGACAACACAUGGGGCUUUCCUUGUUGCCAAGGAGACAGUUAUUAGGCUGGAAAUAUUUACGGUGAAAGGGAUUGAGAGUUCAGUACUUAAAAAUACUUUUAUUACACUUAGAAAGCACCACUCUAUUGGUGUUAAUUAAAAAGAUAAAGUAAAAUCACUAUACUUGCUUCACCUGAAAUCUGAACAUUUGUGAAUAUGCUUGUGAUUUAAUAAAAUAUAUGUAAAACAAGGCUGUAUGUAAGAAUACAUAUUGGAUUUUAGUAUUUUCUUUUAAAUGUUUAUUUUGGAAAGGUUGUCAUUGCAUUCUGGUACUGUAUGCUGCAGACCUGUUAUUUGCUGUCGGGUAAGCCUGACUUGUCAGUCUUCAUGGAGAAUAGACCUUCCUGUUGAAAUCUUGAAAGAUUUUGUGCAGAGAAUGGAUUUUUCAUUUAGACUUUGACCUCAGUGUUUGCAAUGUGUGGUAUCAAUAAUAAAAACAAAUCUCAUAUUUUCAUCAAAGAGCAUAUGGUGACUUGUUGUAUUUUGCUGAAUGUGGUUUCCUAAUGUUGGCUGUCUGUCUGCAGUCAUGCUGUGAUGUUCUAUGUCUCAGAAUAUUGUGUGCAGUGAGCAUAGAAAUCUGAUGAAAUGUGAAACUGGUCUUAAUUUAUUUUUCUAUCAGUUACUAUGAUUGAAGACUUCAAACACGGGUUUGUUGUGGUAUGUCCUGAUGUCCUGAUAUGGAUCAGAAUCUAAUAAACAUCUUCUUAAUAAUAA